AUGCCCGUCGCUACUCACUCACCCGAUAGGAGCCGCCCUCUGGAUGACAACAAUGUCACAGGCUACGACCCCCUCAUCCCUCCCGCGCUCCUCCGCCACGACCUCCCAGUCACUCCUGCCGCCAUCAAGACCAUCUCCUCCUCGCGUCGGACAUGCGCCUCCAUCGUUGCGCAGACCGACCCUCGGCUGUUGGUAGUCGUCGGUCCGUGCUCCAUCCACGAUAUUGAUCAGGCGAAGGAGUACGCCAGCCGUUUACGCAAAGGCGUCGCCGAGGGCCGUUGGCCAGGAUUGGAGAUUGUUAUGAGGGCGUACUUUGAGAAGCCAAGGACGACUGUCGGGUGGAAGGGUCUCAUCAAUGACCCAGAUGUCAACGGAACGUUCCAGAUCAACAAGGGGUUGAGGUUGGCGAGGGAGCUGUUGAGGGAUAUCAACGAGAUGGGGAUGCCGAUUGGAUGCGAGCUGCUGGAUACCAUCAGCCCCCAGUUCAUCGCUGAUCUCAUCACCUGGGGAGCGAUUGGCGCCCGGACUACCGAGUCUCAGCUUCACCGAGAACUCGCAUCCGGCUCCGGUUUCCCCAUCGGCUUCAAGAACGGCACAGAUGGCUCUGUCAGUGUCGCCAUCGACGCCAUGCAGAGCGCGAGCCACCCGCACAACUUCAUGGGUAUCAACAGCCAGGGGAUGGCCAGUAUCGUCCGGACAGCAGGGAACAAGGAUUGCCAUGUCAUCCUAAGAGGUGGAAGUGGCGGACCCAACUACGCCUCAGAAUACGUUCAGAAGGCCCUCACCGACAUCAAGCAGAAGAACCCGAAUGUUCCAGCUUCGCUCAUGGUCGACUGCUCCCACGGCAACUCGUCCAAGAAUCACCUGAACCAGCCAAAGGUCGCAGAGGACGUCGGAAAGCAGAUCGCAGCUGGCGAGGAGGGCAUUGUCGGUAUCAUGUUCGAGAGUAACUUGAUGGGCGGCAAGCAGAGCUCAGAUCAGCCGAGAGAGAACCUCGAGUACGGUGUCUCGAUCACAGACGCUUGCGUCGACUGGGAGAUGACCGUGGAUAUGCUUGACGGCCUGAACAAGGCUUCCGAGACAAGACGGGCUCUCAUCGAGAAGCGGAACGGAGAGAAGGCCGAGUGA